ACUGUACUAUUGACCAAUCAAAAGGCAUCAAACUAAAACAUGGCUGCGCCCUUGAUUUCGAGACUGACUUUUGUUGUUUUUCGUUAAAUUGAAGAAAAUAAAGUGUUUUGUUGAUAAAAAUGCAUUUUACAUUAAUUUUGCAACUUUAGGAAAUAAUCUUAGACAUGGCUAGCAGCAUGACACCACGAUUCGUUGGCUGUGCGAGGAUGACAAACGUGUUUGACCGUUUGUCAUGUUUGUUGACAAUGUCCAGCAGAUUGUUCAGUUCUCAGCGUAAAGGUGAAACAGUCAUGAAUGUGUUUGAUCGCAGAAGUAAGAGAAUCCAGAGAGAUAGAACAACAUUAAUGAAAGAUUACAAAGUGUAUGAGUACUUGAAGGAAGAAUUUGGUUACAGAGUGGCUGAUAGAGUUUUAGAUGUGAAAAGAGAGUUUGACAUAUUGGUAGACCUGGGUUGUGGCAGAGGUUAUGCAUCCAAACACCUCCUCAAAGAUACAGUCAAAUCAAUAUACCAGUGUGAAUUAUCAGAGAAGAUGCUACUUCAGAGUGAAGUGUCACCAGAAGUACCAACACAGAGAAUAGUGAUGGAUGAGGAAUUUCUCCCAUUCAAAGAUGAAUCUCUAGACAUUGUUAUUAGUAGUCUAAGUUUACACUGGGUAAAUGAUCUACCUGGAUGUUUUAGACAGGUACAUAAUGCAUUGAAGAAAGAUGGUGUGUUCCUUGGCUGUUUGUUUGGUGGUGAUACACUGUAUGAAUUGAGGGUAUCUUUACAACUUGCUGAGCAAGAAAAAGAAGGGGGUUUUGCUGCACAUGUCUCACCAUUUACGUCUGUACAGGACCUAGGAAAUUUACUAAAUAGAGCUGGUUUUACAAUGUUAACUAUCGAUAUAGAUGAAAUGGUUAUAACUUACCCAACUAUACAUGAGUUAAUGCAUGAUCUCAAAGGAAUGGCAGAAAAUAAUUGCGCUUGGUCUAGGAAAAGCCAUCUACGUAGAUCUACUACUGAAAGAGCAGGAGAAAUAUAUAAAGAAAUGUAUGGAAAUGAACAAGGUGUUCCAGCCACAUAUCAAGUAAUUUAUUUCAUAGGAUGGAGACCCCAUCCAUCACAGCCUAAACCAGCACAGAGGGGUUCUGGUCAAAUCUCUUUGAAGGAUCUAGAAAACUUUGAAGAAUUAGCUAAUAAACUUAGUGAGGACACAGACAAAAAUAGCCCAGCAUCUUCUAACAGUGAUAAAGACUCUAAUAACAAAGAUGAUUCUGGUAAAUCUUGAUGAAAGAUAUUUUCCUAAAUAUACAGUCCGUCAGGAAGUAUGUGGAUGUGUCACAAAUGUCUACAGAUGUACAGAGUUGUGUCAAGACUGUACACCAAUAAAAAGAGUUACUUCACAAGUGAAUGUUAGACAUACAGAGUUUUGUGUGGAAUAUCAUACUUUGCUGUGGCAGCAGAUUUACUGUGAUUGUAGCCAUUCUUUGUUCUAGUUUUUGUAUUUUGUAUAAGUAUGUCAUUAUUUGUCAAGAUAUUUAUGUUCAAGAUCAUAGUGUAAGUCUUUUGGAAAGUUUGUGUUGUUUGUUGGUGUCUUUUUUAGCUGCUCUGAUUUUUGAAAAAAUUCUAUGAGGUAUUGUUGUCACUUGAUCACCAGCAUUGGCGUUGGUUAAAAUUUCUGUUUAGGUCCAUCUAUUUUCAAAAACUAUAAGGGUGCCUCCAUGGCUGAGUGGUUAAAGUCGCUGACUUCAAAUCACUUGCCCCUCAUCGAUGUGGGUUUGAACUUCACUCAGGGCGUUGAAUUCUUCAUGUGAGGAAGCCAUCCAGCUGGCUAACGGAAGAUCCAUGCUUCUGCCAAGAUGCCCGCUCGUGAUAAAAUAAUGCAAGGAGGGGCACCUGGGGUCUUUCACCACCAUCAAAGCUGGAAAGUUGCUAUAUGACCUAAAUUGUGUCUGUGCGACAUAAAACCCAACAAAACAAAACUAACAAAAACUAGAGCUGCUUUUGAGAAAAGCGCAUGUCUCCCACAACUGCCUGAUCAUUUAAAUAGUAAGUCAGUCUUUAUAUACUGUUUACUUAGAGCACAUGCACAUAAAGGACCCCAAAACUCCUAUACUACUAGAGCGCAUGCGCAUUUUUGGUACCAAAAGAACGCCUAUACUACUUGUGAAAGUAGUAUAGGGUUCCGUUUUGUGUCAAAAAUGUGCAAGAAAUCAGAGCGUUUUUUGGUAAUUCAGGGGCCAUAAUUCUGAAGUGCCUGGGCCUAUUUGGCUAGUUAUCGAACUUGGCUGAGCACUUAUUGGCAAACACAUUUUGUUCAAGUUUGGUGAAGAUCGAAUGAGAAAUGUUUGACUUAGAGUGCGGACAAGCUUUGUUUCAGACACACACAGCUUUGUUUCAGACACACACACACACACAGACAGACACACAGACAGGAGUAAAUCAAUAUGUCUCCCUCACCACUGUGUUGGGAGACAUAACUAUAAGAGCUACAGCUUUGAAACUUUGACACUUAUUUAUCAUCUUCAGUUAAUUAUCUAGGCCAAGAACCAUUACCUUGAUAUGCAUUUUGUCAUAACUAUGGCCCAUUUUGUAAUUAGGAAGUUUGAGUGUCUUGGUUAAAAUUUUUGUUUAGGUCUACUUUUUCCAAAAACACUGUAGGAGCUACAGCUUUGAAACUUUGCACACUUGUUUAUCAUUAUUAGAUGCAUUUUUAGCUCACCUGUCACAUAGUGACAAGGUGAGCUUUUGUGAUCACCCUUCAUCCGUCGUCAGUCCGUCCAUGCGUCAACAAUUUCUUGUCUGCACGAUAGUGGUUUCAUUUAUGAUUUUAUUUUAACCAAACUUGCACACAACUUAUAUCACCAUAAGAUCACGGUUCCUUUCUUGAACUGGCCAGAUCCCAUUAUGGGUUCCAGAGUUAUGGCCCCUGAAAGGGCCAAAAUUAGCUAUUUUGACCUUGUCUGCACAAUAGCAACUUCAUUUAUGAUUUGAAUUUAAUCAAACUUGCACAAAACUUGUGUCACCAUAAGAUCUCAGUUCCUUACUUGAACCGGCCAGAUCCCAUAAUGGGUUCCAGAGUUAUGGCCCCUGAAAGCGCCAGAAUUAGCUAUUUUGACCUUGUCUGCACAAUAGCAGCUUCAUUUAGGAUUUGAUUUUAACCAAACUUGCACACAACUUGUGUGACCACAAGAUCUUGCUUCCUUUCUUGAACUGGCCAGAUUCCAUCAUAGGUUCCAGAGUUAUGGCCCCUUCAUUUAUGGUUUUAUUUGAUACAAACUUCCAAAAUAUCUUCAACAACAAUAAAUCUUGGAUUCCAUGACAAAUCAGAUCCAAUCGUAGGUUCCAGAGUUAUUUUAUAUCUCAUUACCUCCCCUGAUUGUAAUCAAAAUGGAUUUAUAUCAGUAAGUACUUAUAGGACUUAUUUGAAAUUUCAUUACUGUUAUUAGUUGGACUGAGACAAUCAGGGUAGAUAACUAUGGACUGAUUUUAUGUCAAAUUACCUCCCUUUAUUUCAAAUUAAAAUUGGUAUAUCUCGGUAAUUAAUGAAGAUAUUGAUCUGAAAUUUCAUUUAUGUCAACAGAUUUAUUUGGCAGAUCCUUCUUUUGUUCACUUACAAUAUUUAUUUUUUUUAAUUACUUCCCUUUUACGCUACUAUGAAUGGCUUAUUUUUAGUAACUUUUUUAUUAUUGGCCGUAGGGAAAAACCAAGACCACUUUUCUGUGGUACAACAUGGAUGGUACCUCCAAUUUUUAGGUGUAUUUUGACAUAUCUAUACCUUGUAAGAAUUUUUUUUUCUUUUUGGUUAAAUUUCUUCCCUUUGUUGUUCCUGUCCUUUGGACUUAGAUAUUUUUUCUGAGGGCCUUCUUGUCCUUAAGUGCAAUGAUAACAGGGAGAGUGAUAUAGGGCCAUCAUGGCCCUCUUGUAUUAGAAUUAUGGCCCUUUUUGUACUUGGGUAAUCUGACUUAUAACUCUUUCCUUACAACUUGUUCAGCACUUGCAGACGAGCGAUGGCACCUGUAUGAGGUGCUCUUGUUGGAUCUUUUCUAUAAAAAACAAUUAUAUUACUUAUAUUUUGUAUCUAAUAUGGAAAUGUUUGUGCUUGUAGUAUUGAAUUCUAAACAGUUUUUGUUUUUUA